AAACUUUUUGGCAACUUUUGAUUAUAAAUAUGAAGCAUGAAGAACCUCAAUGAGCAUCACCAAACAGAAGAGAACUAGCACAUAACAUCUCUCUGUUCAGCCUAGCUAUCUGAUAUCCAACAACAUGGGUGCGGGUGGUCGGAUGUCGGAUCCCUCGGAAGGCAAAAAUAUUCUGGAACGAGUCCCGGUUGAUCCACCAUUCUCGCUAAGCGAUCUAAAGAAAGCAAUCCCUGCUCAUUGCUUCGAGCGAUCUGUCAUCCGUUCAUCAUACUAUGUUGUUCAUGAUCUCAUUGUAGCCUAUGUCUUCUACUUCCUAGCCAACACAUAUAUUCCUCUUCUCCCUACCCCUCUAGCUUACUUAGCAUGGCCAGUUUACUGGUUUUGUCAAGCCAGCAUCCUGACUGGCUUGUGGGUCAUUGGUCACGAAUGCGGUCACCACGCCUUUAGCGAGUACCAGUGGAUCGAUGAUACCGUCGGUUUCAUCCUCCACUCUGCUCUCCUCACCCCUUAUUUCUCUUGGAAAUACAGCCAUCGAAAUCACCACGCCAACACAAACUCGCUUGAUAACGAUGAAGUUUACAUCCCUAAACGCAAGUCGAAAAUCGCCAUUUACUCAAAGAUGCUUAACAACCCACCAGGUAGAGUGUUCACUUUGGUUUUCAGGUUGACACUAGGGUUUCCAUUAUACCUCUUUACAAAUAUUUCUGGAAAGAAAUACGGGCGGUUCGCGAACCACUUUGAUCCACUAAGCCCUAUUUUCACUGAGCGCGAACGGGUUCAGGUUCUUCUAUCGGAUGUUGGUCUUCUCGCUAUGUGUUACGCACUCAAGCUUCUUGUAGCAUCAAAAGGGGUUGCUUGGGUAACAUGCAUGUAUGGAGUUCCCGUGUUAGGCGUAAGUGUGUUCUUUGUUUUGAUCACAUAUUUGCACCACACCCAUCUCUCGUUACCGCAUUAUGAUUCAACCGAGUGGAACUGGAUCAAAGGGGCCUUAUCGACAAUCGAUAGAGACUUCGGGUUCCUAAACAGGGUUUUACAUGACGUUACACAUACGCACGUCUUGCAUCAUUUGAUCUCGUACAUUCCACAUUAUCAUGCAAAGGAGGCAAGAGACGCAAUCAAGCCAGUGUUGGGUGAGUAUUAUAAGAUCGAUAGGACCCCGAUUUUCAAGGCGAUGUGGAGAGAGGCGAAGGAAUGUAUCUACAUUGAGCCGGAUGAGGAUAGUGAACACAAAGGUGUAUAUUGGUACCAUAAACUUUAAUCAGUGAUAGUCCAACUUUGUAUACCAUAUAAUAAUAAAUGAUCGUGAAAUGUUUACGAGUUGUGCAUGGCUCAACCGUACAUAUUGUUAUGUUGUAGCAUUUAAGUGAAGUUCUUCCCUGUAAUCUUCUCGGAAUGUACCUAUAAGUUCUAAUGUUAUGACAGUGUUAUCAUUUAAAACUAUUGUUGUCCGUUUUGGUUAA